AUGAGGGGAGAUGGUGAGCCUUCUUUUGAGCAUGAUUUUGCGGGGGUAGAUAUGUUCACGGAGAGUCGGGAGGAGCCCAAGGAACAGGAGAGAUUUGAAGUGGAGAUUGCCUCCAGAUUGUAUGGAUUCCGGCAUGGUAUUGAGGAGAAUUGGAGCCUCUUAUACAAGUACAUMCCCGCCUGUAACUUUGGCUCCCCGCCCCCUCUCUCAGAACAGACGACUCAAGACUCCCCUCUCACCUCAAUCACAAUGCUGGACAUCAACGACUUUGUCGCCGACCGUGGCGGUGAUCUCAACAAAAUCAGGGAGAGCCAGCGUCGUCGAUAUGCGCCAGAAAGCGUGGUGGAAGAGGUUUUGGAGCUGUUUGAAGCUGCCCGACGAGCUAGGUACGAAGUCACACAGAUAGGCUCCAAGGCCAACGCGGUGCAAAAGGAAAUUGGACAGAAGAAAAAGAACAAGGAGGACGCCUCUGAACUGUUACAACAAAAGAUCGACCUUGAGAAGCAAAAGAAGGAGGCCGAAGAGAACGCGAUUGCAAAGGAAAAGGAGCGUGAUAGGAAGAUCAAGACUAUUGGAAAUUAUGUUCAUGACUCAGUUCCUAUCAGCGAUAAUGAGGAUAACAAUGUCAUUGAGCGAACCUGGGCACCUGAAAACGUCGUGGUCGAGAAGCGCGAUUGCCUUUCCCACCACGAGGUCCUUACCCGACUAGACGGCUACGACCCCGAACGCGGAGUGAAAAUCGUCGGUCAUCGUGGGUACUGCCUGACUGGUUACGGUCUCUUCCUCAAUCUUGCGCUUGUCAACUACGGUCUCGAGUUUCUCUUCAACAAAGGAUACAAGCCCAACCAGCCCCCGCAUUUCAUGUUGAAGGAUGCUAUGGCCAAGACUGCGCAACUAGAGCAGUUCGACGAGGAAUUAUACAAGGUUUCUGAGAGCGAGGAUAAGGAUACGGACAAGUACCUUAUUGCGACCUCGGAGCAGCCAUUGUCGGCUUUGCAUAGCGAGGAGUGGUUUCAGGAGACGGAUCUACCUGUGAAAUAUGCUGGCUAUAGUACUUGCUAUCGUAAAGAGGCAGGUUCUCACGGAAAAGAUGCCUGGGGCAUCUUCCGUGUCCAUCAGUUCGAAAAGAUUGAACAAUUCGUCUUGACCAAGCCCGAAAAAUCGUGGGAGGCCUUUGACGAGAUGAUUGCUACCUCGGAGGAGUUCUACAAGUCCCUCGGUCUCCCCUACCAAGUUGUCUCGAUCGUGUCUGGUGCCUUGAACAACGCGGCCGCAAAGAAAUACGAUCUCGAAGCCUGGUUCCCCUUCCAGGGUGAAUACAAGGAGCUCGUUUCCUGCUCCAACUGCACAGAUUACCAAACCCGGGAAUUGGAGAUUCGCUUCGGUGCUAAGAAAGCCGACUCGAAGAAGGCCUACGUUCACGCUUUGAAUGCUACUCUAUGUGCCACUGAACGAACACUGUGCUGUAUCUUGGAGAACUACCAGACCGAGGAUGGUUUCAAUGUUCCUGAGCCUCUCCGGAAAUACAUCCCCGGAGCUCCCGCUUUCCUCCCUUUCACCCGCGAACUGCCCAAGGAUACGACCUCUGCUAAGAAGGGCAAGGGUGCCGUGGCUGGAGCUGCAAAGCAGCUCAAGGAUCUCAAGGUUUAG